CUCUUUUUUGGUUAAUAUACUGGAGUACUAAACUUCUCCCGGAAUAAAUAACUGUUAGUCUCCCGGAGUAAAUAACUCUUAGCUAUAGGGCUCGCCUCAGUCGAUCGGAAUCUUAAUCCGGUAAACAUGAUCGAGUCUACUAAUCCCCUGCAGCUGGCAGAGCCAGCCAAGGCCACCGCCAGUUCAUUUUGCUUGAAUCCGCCAUGGAUGAUAGUACCUUGUGCGCCACCGUCUUCCUCCUCCUCCUCGUGCCACUCUUGGCACUCAUGCAAACCCUACGACGUCGCCGGCGAAGCGGAAGAAAUCCAGCUGCUCGCCGGAAGAACCUGCCGCUACCGGGACCGGCCGCCCUCCCCAUCGUCGGCCACCUGCACCUCUUCGAGAAGCCGCUGCACCGCACCCUGACCCGCCUCGCCGCGCGCCACGGCGCCGUCUUCAGCCUCCGCUUCGGGUCCCGCCUCGUGGCCGUGGUGUCCUCCGCGGCCGCCGCCGAGGAGUGCCUGGGCGGCGCGCAGGACGUGGCGUUCGCGAACCGGCCGCGGCUCCCGUCGGGGCGGAUCCUCUCUUACGACUGGUCCACCAUGGGCACCGCCAGCUACGGGCCCUACUGGCGCCACGUCCGCCGCGUCGCCGUCACGGAGCUCAUGACGGCGCACCGGGUCGAACAGUUCGCGGGCGUCCACCUCCGCGAGGCCCGGUCCAUGGCGCGCGCCCUCUUCCGCGCCGCGGGGCCGGGGCGCGUCCGCGUGGAGCUCAAGUCACGUCUGUUCGAGCUGCUCAUGAACGCCAUGAUGGGCAUGAUCUGCGAUAGAGCCUUCUACGGCGCCGGUGGGGAUGGGGAGGUGAGCGAGGAGGCAAGGUGGUUCAGGGAGAUGGUGGAGGAGACGAUGGCGCUGAGCGGCGCGUCGACGGUGUGGGACUUCCUGCCGGCGGCGCUGCGGUGGCUGGACGUGGGCGGGGUAGGGCGGCGGCUGUGGCGGCUGCGGGAGAGCCGGACCAAGUUUCUGCAGGGGCUCAUCGACGAGCAGAGGAGGAAGAAGAAGAAGGGCGAGGAGGGGCAGAGGACCAUGAUCGGGGUGCUGCUGUCGGUGCAGAGCAAGGACCCCGAGGCGUGCUCGGACGAGCUCAUCCGCUCCCUCUGCAUCAGCUCCCUAGAAGCCGGGACAAGCACAUCAGCCGAGACGAUCGAGUGGGCGAUGUCGCUCUUGCUGAACAACCCGGAAGCGAUGCUGAAAGCCCGGGACGAGAUCGACGCAUGCUGCAGCUGCAUGGCCGGCGGCGAACCCCCACGGCUGCUCGAGGCAGCCGAUCUUCCGAAGCUGAACUACCUCCGCUGCGUCAUCAUGGAGACGCUCCGGCUGUACCCGCCGGCGCCGCUGCUCGUCCCGCACGAAUCGUCCGCCGACUGCGCCGUCGCCGGGUUCCACGUCCCCAAGGGCACGAUGCUCCUCGUCAACACGUUCGCCAUCCACAGGGAUCCCGAGCUAUGGGAUCACCCGGCAAGCUUCGUUCCUGAGAGGUUUGAGGAUGGGGGAAAUGGAGGUGAUAGGAUGGUGAUACCGUUUGGCAUGGGGAGACGGCGAUGCCCGGCGGAGCACUUGGGGAUGCAGAUGGUGGGGCUCGGUCUUGGCACCAUGAUUCAGUGCUUCGACUGGGAAAGGGUGGGAGAAGAGCUCGUGGACAUGGCCGAAGGGUCUGGCCUAACCAUGCCAAAGCUUGUCCCUUUGGAGGCCUUCUACCAGCCUCGGCCGUCCAUGCUCCAUCUUCUUUCCGAGAUUUAGGCAGUGUUUUGUUGCUAAAACAUGAUGAAUAAAAUGGGUUCAAGCGAGAGGUAAAAUGACACGCCGGCGAGGAACUUUGGGUUAAACAAGUUCACCAGGGGGAACUAAAAUCUUUAUCUUUAAAACUUCUUAUAAAGAUAUACGUACGUUCAUGAUCAUCUCCACUCUAUUGAGACUAUUUUUUUAUAUCGAUAGGAAUAAAUGUAAAUGCAUCUAUCAUGAUCUUUUAACUAGCCGAUUGUUACUCCCUCCGAUCCUAAAUUGUUCUCAAAAUAUUACACGUAUCUAGAUGUUUUUUAAGAAUAGAUACAUCCAUAUUUGGUAAAUUUUGGUCAAGAAUUUAGCAUCAGAGGGAGUGCAUUUCAAAAUUUAGGAAUGUAAGGGCAAAAUAAUACGGAGCAAGUGUAAAGAUAUGUGUGUGGAGACUUGGAGUGUUGGAGUAUUAAUCAUGUGAAAUUGGACCUAUUAAUUAAGUAUGUGAAUUAUGGUUAA